UCUUAAUUACAAAAAUUUUAUAAAUUGACAAAACAUCCUUUGAAAUUGUAGUGUAUCAAUUUACAGAAAUACGAAGAAUUUCGAUUUGGUCGAGCAAAGCCAUGAUUAUUGCCAACGGAAUUGUCGUCAUGGCCACCGUACUUGUUAUCAUUUGUUUUCGGCAGAUAAAUUAUAAUUUUUUGUUUUCGAGGACCCAGCAACAAUAUUUUUGAUGAUUCUAUCUUUUCUCGUCGUUACGUCUUGACCUUUGUACAUUAAUUUUAUUUUUUUUAAACCUAACCUAAUUAUUCACGUUAUCGUCUAAUUUUUGCGAAUUGAUACAUAUCGUAUGAGGAUGAAAGUUCGUGACGUAACAAGUAUUCGGUCUCGCACUGUAACACAGCAAUUAGCUAAUUGUGCAAGAGAAUUUUUAACUCCGAGCUGCUACUUGGUUACGACUAUCUAAUACCAUCAAUAUUUACACGCAUCUUGUUUAACAUCAUUUCCAAUUGACGACUCUCACUUUUUCAAAGUACAGAGGAAAGAAAUGGAGCUCGUUAUUGCUCGAGGAGGAACUUUAUUGAAUAGAAGUUAAUUUCUAAGAAUCGAGAUCAACGUCAGAUUGAUGAACGACUAUGGACUGGAUGAUACAAAAAAAAAUUAAGGGAAAGAAUAGAAUAGAGUGGAUACUCAACGUUGCGUGAAGAGAAGCAACGUGUGAAAGAAAAAAUUGUCCAUAAAUGAAUUAGUAUCCUAUGAACGUUUCUUUCUCUUGGCUAUAUUAGAUAUUGUCUAUAUAAAAUAUAUAUACAUAUAGAAUAUAUAUGAAGGCUGUUGAAUUUCUAGUGCGGAAUUCUAGUGGGUGGAUGGGUGGUCUGCCUCCAUACGACAUACUAUAUCCACAAUCUCUAUAACUGAUCUUGUUACUCUGCCAUUUUUUUAAAAGCUAUCUCCCAGUGGCAUCUUCGACUGGAACAAAAUUGGUAGUGAAAGAACAAAAAAAAAGUAAGCUCGUCCAUGAGAUUUAUAUGAAAAAUAGAGACCUUCGUUUCUCCAGACUCAUUUUUUCGUACUAGGUUACGAGAUGCAACGAAAGAGGACUGGAUUUUCUCUUUCUUUUUUUUUUGGAAGAACACGAUUUACUUUCACCAGCUUUGACCUUCAAGCCUUGCGGCAAGGACCUGGCUAAUAACUGUUGAAUCCUUGAAUUUUCAUAAGGCAAAAAAGUAUUGCAGUACUCAUCAUUCAGACAGACGCUAGGCCAAUUGUGAAAUAGACACCGAGAUCUAAACUAGAACCUUAUAGAAGAUUUUAAAAACUUGCAAUUUUGAAUUGCGUUGACUUGACAAUAUCGUGCAUUAAAUUUCCUGAAGCAAUUAGAGCCUGAUGACAGGACACGCCAGAUGCACAUGGUGACUUUCGAUGGGCACAUCAGUUCCUGGUUCUUUCUGCGACCACAAACAGGAACCACUGAGAAGGUUGUAGAUAUCAGUGAUAGUACAGAUUUUCAUGAGCAUCCAGUUUUCCUAUUGCCAAAUGGUUCUCGUUAAAAAUGUAAAAAGCGUGAAUCCUCAUUUGAUGACGGUAAAAAAUUCCCUGGACACAGGUCAGUCUUGAUAUUCCGUAUGCAUGUCGUCAUUCUAUCCCAACCAGGGACAAUGCCAUUGCCAUAGUGAAACAGUGAAAGUAUGGGCAUUUUAUUUGUGUCGUGUAUGCUUUUGCUUUUGCGCCACGAGUCCCUCCAGUUGAGUAAAACUUAGUGUGCAGCACCACAUACUAUUGAAGAGACCAUUUCUGUCUUUCUAUGUCAGCAUUCUGGUUAGAGACUCGGUGCAUUCCUGCUCGGGAUUGCAGAACGUGUGUUUCUGGAUGCACCAGGGCGUUCAAUUGUAUUAGUUGACAUUGAGUAUAGAAAAUGAAAGAGCGAUGCAGACCAUCCUGAGCAGUACAGUGUGGAUUCUAUUGGUAGCUGGUGCAAGUGCCGCGAUAGUACCACCACCUUGGGCAAAUCCAUCCAGCAAUCCGUGUGCUGCACAACCAAGAGGCUGGCAGUUGUUAUACUGGCCUGAUGAUGGAAAGUGUUACAAAAUAUUCCAGAUAGGUCCGCCCUGUCCAGAGACGAUGGAAUUGGGUCCUGCAGCAGGAGGUGGUACAGUAGCGGAGUGUAGAUGCCCACCAGGCACAGCACAGUCACCCAGGGAUGCUUUGUGUCAUUCGAUAUUUACAAGAGCGUCUUGCGAGAAGGGUCAGUACUUUGCACCGGUGCCAGAAGCCCCAGGUUCGGCAAGCUCGAAGCGACGUUGGGGCGUGUGUCGGGAGCCUGAACCUUGCUCGGAACGCGGUGAGGUCUUCUGGCCCCAGGACGGCAAGUGCUAUCCAAAGCUGACAAGAGGACCGUGUCCUAGAGGCGAACUCCUAGUUAUGGGUGACGACGAUUUCGCUAUCUGUUCGUGUUCUACUCGAGGCGAAUUAAGCAGAUAUCAUUGGCCAGGAGUUGGCGGUGGCUGCUACGAACACUAUACCAAAGGACCCUGCACGGAACCUGGUGAAUUGUUUCUACCAGGAGGAAUCUGCGGCUGUCACAGCAGUUUACCGCAUUACCAUGAACCCAGCAAUAUGUGUUAUCCGUUAGGUGGCAUCGGACCCUGUCCAGCAGGACAUCAGUUCGUUGUAUCUAGUCAGGAUCGUGAGGACUUCAUCCAUGCGAAAUGCGUUUGUAAACCUGGACACGUGUUGUACCGGAACGGCAUAUGCUACAGGGUCCACACGAGAGGUCCUUGCGACAAUGGAAGCAUGUUAAUAAACUCAACAACGUGCGUUCCUGUUCCUUGUAAGCGAGGAAGAUUAUACUUUCCCCAGGAGAAGACGUGUUACAAAGUCGGAUCCAGGGGACCCUGUCCCAAUGGUCAAAUAGUUCUCUACGACUACAACGUGAGGCCAUCAUUGGACGGAAUCAGUUACAAUGGAGUCUGUGGCUGUACAAGUACAUUGAUGAACUCAGGAACGUGCUCCGAGGACGAGGAGGAAAAGAGUUGCGAGAGCACCGCCGGAAUGGCGGUGAUGAAUAAGACUUGCUACAAGCUUUACACGCAAGGUCCAUGUGCAGAAGGUGAGUGGCUGGUUGCGCAAAGAGUAGCCAAAGGAAGUUUGUGGCAAGAUGAAGAUGAGUCACAACCCAGAGCCAGAUGCGAGUGUAGACCUGGUUACAAGAGGAUAUCUGAGAAUUCCAACGAAUCCGAAUUAGAAAGUAACAGUUUAAUUGUCCCAGGUGGUUGUCAACCGCCUGCAGUGAGCUUAGCUAGAUUUUUAAAUGAAAAACUCAAGUCAGCGGAUUUUUGACUAUUCACUGUCAAACAGUUACACGUGGUACUGUAUACUUAGGACUCUACUGUAAAUACAUAACAAACGUCGCGCCGACAUACCGUCCGCUGCUCAUUGUCAGUUGCAAACGAACCGUCGCGCAGUACGCACGUCCAUUAAGACUUCCUAUUUAUUUGAUAUCUUACACGUAUAUUUGUAAAUAAGUAAAAACCAUCGUGCAUCAUCAUUCGCCAUAGUGGUAAGUCAUGACUUAUAGAUAAAAAAUAAUUAUGCGACCGAGAUUUCUGUAAAUAUAAUAUCAAAGAAUGAUUACUCA